AUGGCUGCGCUUCGUCCCUCAUCGAUGAAUCAGAGUACUGUGCAACUGGCCAUUGUCUCCUUCCGCCUGGCUGCCCAGUUGACAUCGACGAACGCCAACGGUCCUAUAGAGGAGCGCAGCAUUGGAGACCAGAGCCUCACAGAAAUCAUCGACCACGGGCUAGACCAAGCCCUGCCGUCCUUCGAGUGGCAAGGCGAAACAAACCCGUUUGGGAUGGUUCAGUACCUGACGGCCUUACGGAAGAAGGCACAACGAAAUGCUCAGAUUAGAUACAAAUUCAUCAAUCAUGGACCUGAGGUCGCAGCCGUCGGCCAAAUCCACUUUGAAGAGUGUCGCACGAAAUCAUUGCGGAUCUGCAACGCUAUCCCGUGGACGUUUGGGGAGAAUCGAAACAACAGAGUCGUGAUUCUGAAGUAUCUCACAACAAGAAUUCGUGCGGAAGAGAUGAGCAGGGCGAGGAUCGUUUAUGCCCGUCAUCGGACGUUCCUGUAG